GAGAAGGAACUUUCCUCCUUGCCCUGCCCUUGUAGUAGGGAUUCACGUGGGGAUCAAGGGAAAUUGCCACUCCUACAUACUAAGCCUUUAUCCAAGAUUGCAAUCCUCUAACUGUCCUGUGUUUGAAAAUGGCGGUGGAAUUAAUUUCUCAGACGGGAUUGACUCUUCAUUUCCAAAAGAGUCAAAAAUUGGGGAAAAUUUAUCUAUUGAUCAGGAUUCCCGUGCAAGCCCACCUCAAGCCCAUGAGAGCCCAAACAUGGCCCAUUGCACCUCCGAUGCUCCUACAAAUGUUGCUGAAUCACCACUGCAGGGAAACCCAAUUUCUCAACAAUCCUCUAACUGUGCUCAAAAUACGAAGAACCUAAAGCUUGUGACCGGGUUGCAUCGUGGGAUCAGAAAGAAGUCAGCAAGAACAGGGAAGAGAGGUAAGAGGCAUGGCGACAACCCUUCAAGUCUUUCUUUUUCUGAUAGCAUCAUGGAGAAAAGAAUCCAACUUAAGGAUAUCAGUAUUGAAGACAUGGAUAUCAGACGUUUUGUAGAGUUUGGAAGACAGCUAGGGUUGUGCUUCGUGGGUAAUGAAGAAAUCUUUGCUUCCAAAUUUCAUGAGUUAGAAGAGCGUGAUAAGGGUGUUAAGAGAAAGGAAUUGAGGAAGAUAGUCAGUGGUGAACAUGUGAAUUUCUUGAUGAUCCAAGAAACAAAACUUGAGACAGUUGAUGAGAAUCUAUGCAGGUCAAUUUGGGGGCAAGAGGGCUUUGAAUGGUAUGCGAAUAGUGCAGAUGGCAGAUCUGGAGGUCUUCUUUGUAUUUGGGAUUCUCACUUAUUUAAGAAAAUUGAUCUAUUUGAAGGAGACGGUUUCAUCAGUGUGGAGGGUCUGUGGGGGGCAAAUAAAACUAGUUGCUGCUUUUUAAAUGUUUAUGGCCCUUGUAAUGUUACGGGUCGUGCAAAGCUUUGCAAUGACAUUUCUGGCCAUAUUAGUUGUCGAACGUGCAUUUCCUGUAUUGGGGGAGACUUCAACUGUGUUAGAGGAGUGUAUGAAAGGAAAGGCAAAAUGAUUUCUCAUCCUGGUACUGAUGAUUUUAACCAGUUUAUCGAUACAAAUGGUUUGGUCGAUUUGCCGUUAUCAAACAGGAAGUUCACUUGGUAUAAGAGUGAUGGGUCUGCCCAGAGUAGGCUGGAUAGAUUUCUUCUUUCUGAAAACUUUCAAGAGGCUUGGGGUGACUGUGUUCAAAUAGCUUUCAAGAGAAGCAUAAGUGAUCAUUGCCUUAUUAGUCUUACCUCAAACAAUGCCAAUUGGGGGCCUAGACCAUUUAAGUUGAUUGAUAGUUGGACUUCACAUCAUGAUUUUGGUAAAAUGAUACAGAGUUUGUGGAACUCUUUCCAAGUUGAGCGAUAUUGGGGUUUCAAAUGUAAAGAAAAGCUAAAGGCUCUCCAAAUGCACCUGAAGCAAUGGAACAAGGAUGUGUUUGGUAAUAUUGAUAGCCAACUAGAUGAAGCCUUAAAGAAUAUUGAGACGAUUGACAUAAAAUGUGAAGGCCAGGAUAUUACAGAGGAUGAUAUGCUCAAAAGGAAGGAGGGAUUUGAAAACCUUUGGCAAUGUUUAAAGAAAAAAGAAAGUUUGUGGAGGCAAAAGUCUAGAGCUAGUUGGAUUAAAGAUGGGGAUGCAAACUCUCAUUUCUUUCAUAGAAUAACAAAUGGGAGAAGGCAGAGAAAUAUGAUUCAUGGUGUUGAUGACAAAGGAACCUGGAUUGAUGAUCCUGAUCAGGUCAAGUUAAUCAUCUUGGACCACUUUAAAAAUCAAUUUUCCUCCCAACCUCAAAACCGACCAUCCUUGGAGCAUAUGUUCUCUAACCGCUUAUCUAGAAAAGACAGAGAAAUGUUGGAGGCUGAGUUUACUAAUGAGGAAAUCAAAGAAGCAGUCUUUUCUUGUGCAAGUGACAAAGCCCCUGGACCUGACGGUUUCAACUUCCACUUUAGAAAGUCUGUAUGGAGCACUAUUGAAGGAGCUAUCACUAACUUCAUCAAAGAAUUUCACAAGUAUGGAAGGUUGGUCAGAGGUAUCAAUGCUUCAUAUAUCACCCUUGUUCCCAAGAAGAAAAAUCCCACGACUUUGAAAGAGUACAGGCCGGUUAGUAUGGUUGGGAGCCUUUAUAAAAUUUUAGCUAAAGUUUUAGCUAAUAGGCUACGGAAAGUCAUUGGAAAAGUUAUCAGCAUGACCCAAUCUGCUUUUCUAGAGGGAAGGCAACUUAUUGAUAGUGUCUUGGUACUUAAUGAACUGGUGCAUGAUUUAAAAAGAAGGAAGGAAAUGGGCAUCUUGUUUAAGGUAGACUUUGAAAAGGCUUUUGACUCAAUUGACUGGGAUUACCUUGAUUUUAUGCAGUCUUCCUUGGGGUUCGGAGACAAAUGGCGUGGGUGGAUUAAAGAGUGCUUAACUUUUGCAUCUGUUUCAAUUCUUGUUAAUGGGAGCCCCACGCAGGAAUUCAAAAUGCAAAAAGGGCUUAGGCAAGGAAAUGUGAAAUUAUGGAAAAAAAUUAUUGUUAGAAAAUAUUAUGAUGGAGUCUCUUCUACUUCUAUUUCUAACAUUGCCUCUCCAAGCCUCUCUCCCUUUUGGAAGGAUAUCUUAUCUAUUGGCAAGGAUUGUGAUAGAGCUUUUGGGUGUUUUGAUGAUGGUUUUAUCCGUAAGCUUGGUGAUGGCUCAAACACUAGAUUUUGGAAGGAUGCUUGGAUGGGCAACUCUCCGUUGAUGUUUUCUUACCCUCGCCUUUUUUGCCUUACAUUAAGCAAGGAUGCUCUAGUUGCUGAAUUGAAGCUGGGUAAUGUAGAUGGGUGGGCUUUUCAGUGGCGCAGACCUCCCUUCGGUAGAGAAUUGGAUGAGCUUGAGAGGCUUGAAGAUUCUCUCCGAAAUCUUAAUUUAUCAGAUGGAAGACUUGACAAGUUCAUUUGGAAGCAUUGCUCAACAGGUUAUUCCUCCAAGCAAGCUUGCAAAUUUCUUGAUGAUUUCCCUCCGUGCCUUGAGGAGAAAUGUUGCAAGAACCGUCCGAUUCUAGUCUCUUCUAGUUCACAACCGGACGAUGGAAUGACCACUCGUUCCAUUUCCUUUCCGCAUUUUUUUCUUUAAGAAAAAAAAAAUGCAUUGGGAAGUACUAGAACUCCAGUAGCGACGCAAGCAAACCCGCAUCCAUAUAUAUCGGAGCCCGUGUUGUUUGUUUCUGCGUCUCUACCUUACUCAGAAUUCUGUAGGAUUUAGGUUGUACCUUCUCUGUCCAGACAACAUGAGGUAAGUUCA